AAGGUCACCAUUUAUCAACAUUUUGAAUAAUCAUUAUAAUUUCUAUUUUCAGAGUCAAGAAAAAGUCAUCAAUAUGACAUAUGUAUUCCGAGUUCUAACCUGUUUCAUACUUGUGAACUUAGUUAUUAUAAACGCACAAGAUUUGUAUUUGAGUUAUGGUAAUGAAGAAGGAGACGACAUAAUGACUGGAACAGAUGACGGUUGUAGUUCUGCUGUGCAAUCUCCCUUUGCUGUGCCGUUCAAUCAGACAAGAUUCAGAACAAUCUACGUUUGUGCCAAUGGGCUCGUGUGUUUCAACAGAAGUUAUCAUAGUUAUACAAUUCCAGAAAACCGACAAUACAGGCAUGAUUUAGUUGGUAUUUAUUGCCUGGCUCCCUACUUCAGAGAUUUGGAUUUGAGAAGCUCGGGUUCAGUGUGGUACCAGACAUAUACCAUGUCAUCAGACGCUGAAAAUAUCAGAGAAGCCAUGAAAAAUCUUGUAAAUGAAACAUACUCUAUACAAAUAACACCGAGUUUCAUUUUCAAAGCAACUUGGAAGGAGGUCCCUUUAUUUGGUGGACCUAGUUACGAAACGGUCACUUUCCAAGUAAUCUAUGUGACAGACGGAGAAGUUGCCUAUUCGUUCUUUUUCUACGAAGGAGGUUCUAUGAAGUCUGUCUCAAAUUCGCAGUUUAUCGGACUAUUGGUCAAUGGUUAUGCUGAUGGUCUAGAUGACAGUUCUGGUGCCUGUCUGGAAGGUAUAUACGGUUAUAACUGCACGGAAACCUGUAAUUGUGACAAUGACAACACCGUGUCAUGUGACAUUAUCAUCGGAACGUGCAACUGUUCCAAAGGAUGGAGCGGAGUAAGAUGUCAAGAAGACAUGAAUGAGUGCGAAACUAACACGUGCCCGGACAACUCGAAAUGUGUCAAUUAUACUGAAGGAUCAUUCUACUGCAAAUGUGACGAAGGUUAUUUUCCGACCAGUGAUGGAACUUGUCAAGGUAAAGUUCACAUCAUUGAAGCAUAAAAUAACGGCAAGAUUAAUACAUUACAACAAAACAUCUUA